AUGCAAUCGGAAGGCAGUACAUCUUCCAAAGUGUCCUGGAAGCGUUUUCCGAGCUUCCGAAUGAUGUUGCUAGUGUUUCGUAUCUUUUAUGCUUGGCCCAAGAGAGAGAUGGAUGUGAAAGCUGGAUUUUGGUAUCGUCUUAAGGGUAUAUUGUUUCGCGUUUUCUUCAUCUAUCUAAACGUGGUCUUGCAGGUGGUGUUUGUAUUUACUGAUGCGCCAAUUCAAGAAAGGAUCGCCACAGUUUCUGUUUUAUUUACGGAAAUUGUUGUCAUCUGGAAGCUAGAAUUUUUCUACCAUAAUGUAAAGAAAAUUCAGGAGCUGGUCUAUAGACUGGAUGAAGAAAUGUAUCGUCCUCAAAGCGACGCAGAAGCUGAGAUACUUGUGUUCCCGUGUUGGUUUCCAUACGAUUUUAAUUCAUCGUUGUGGCUUUACUCGGUAACGAUUGUGUAUCAAUACUUAGCCAUUACAUUCAAUGCCUCUUUUAACAUCGCAUGCGACUCGUUGGUUGGAAAUUUAUUGGCACUUGUUGACGCAAAUUUACAACGCCUGGAAAUUCAGCUUAAAAAGGUUGGUCAUCCGAAUAUUGAGGAUAAGAUACUGAUCGUGAAGCCAGCUGAUUGCAAUAAAAACCUUAGAGAAGCAACUAACCACGAGCUGUUAAAGUGCAUUAUCUUUCAUCAGGAGCUUACUGGAUACCUUUCAGAUAUUUUGAAUAUGUUUGGCGCGAUUGUCACGCUUCAAUUGUUUUGUUCCGUGUUCAUUUUGUGCAUUACUGAGCUGCAUUUGUUAGCCAACGAACACUCGUUGGAUGAUUUAUUACGUGUCGUAAUGUAUUUGUGUUGUUUGGUGAUGCAAGUUUUCAUCAGUUGUCACUAUGGCAACGAAAUAACCUAUACAUCGAAGAGAGUUCAUCAGGCCACUGCAUUUGUAAACUACCCAGACAUGGACAUCAAAACCAGAAAACUCUUGAUUUUAUUCCAACAACGUACUGCGCCUGAUCUGAAGUGUUAUGCUGAAUUGUUGUUUAAGAUAGAGCUCAGCAUGGACACAUUUGUCAUGGUUAUAAAAUCUUCAUACUCAUAUUUGGCUGUAUUGCAGUCGAUGACAGAUUAA